UAAUAACAGAAAACAGAAAAAGAAAUUAUACAAUCCGAAUUCGAGGCAAAAGGCGUGUCGUGCUCUAGUCUAGGAGAGGCAGCGUUAAUUUCGCGAUGGCUAUGUUGACGCGCCUGACCAGCAGUGGCACCACAACCGUGGCUGGCGCUCCUGGCUCCCCGAAGGGUCUGCAGCGUUUCCAGAACUAUAUCGCUGCAUUUCUGUGGCCAGGGACGCAACGCCACCAGCGAAAGUCGACGCAGUUGGACGCCAUUGACUGCUUCACCAACGAUUUGGUUAGCCGUAAGACUCAGAAAUGGGAGGAGCUGCGCGACAGUCUGAUGAACAAGAAGCAAUCGGCCGCCCUGGAGGCUGACGACAAUAGCAAUGUUGCAUCAGGAACUGCAACAGCAGCUGGAGAAGGAGUGGGAACAGCUAAUACCAGCUUCAGCCAGAACGUGGGCCUCAUGUCCAAGGGCAUGAUGAGUGAUCUGAAAGCCCUGCGUUCCCCGCAGCUGGGCCUGGAUAUUCGUUCGCUGUCGCAGCCGCAAUUGGACAACCUUCUCAUGGCCACUCUAGAGAUCAAGAACAAGCUGGACUUUCUCUAUUUGAUCAGGCAGUGCAUUCGUUGUAAUCUAUUGCCGUCCAACGAGGUGUUCAUCUCCUGUCUCAAGUAUUUGAGUACACAACGCAAGCUCCAGCAACUGGAGGCCCUGGCAGAUAUCUGCCGCCUGCUCAAGCAUCCGUUUGCCCACACCUAUGCCGACCUGGCACCCUUUAAGGCUAUUGCCUUGUGGAACAAUGGCAAUGCGGAUGUCGCUCUGAUGACGCUGCAUCGCGGAUACGGCGUGAGCAUGACCACCGAGGAAGGACGCCGUAUGAUUCGGACCGCCUUUCGCACAAUAUCCGAAGAGACGCUGGCCCAAAAGAGCGAGGCGGUGCUGGUGUCUCUCAUGGACGUUGCCCGUGCCAUUCAUCGCGAACACAAGGACAUCUUUGUGGUGGCCUGUGUGUGGAAGCAAUGCUUUGUCAGCGACUGGUUCUGUGACCAGAAAUCAGCGGGCGAACUCUUGGAGCAUUACAAGGAGCUGCAGGAGCUAGUGGAGCGGCGGGCCAGUCCCCUAUGCUCUUCAUUCCUGGGUCGGAACAAUGUGGACGCAGUGCACCGACUGAUUGAAGUCUAUCUGCAGCAUCAGCAGCGCUCUGCCUGCGCCAGUUGCCUGAGUUUGCUCUUCAACUACCAAUAUUUGCGCAAGGAUCUGCGCGCCUGUGCCGAGAUAGUCAAGUCCUGCAGCGAGCUGGAGAUGCCACUGAAUGAGCUGCAGAACGAACAGUUCCUCAGUCUGUUCCUCGACCAAAGCGAUCCCAUUGACAAGGCCAACGGAACGACCGGAGCCGCCAAGUACAAGACACCAAAGUCCUUCCAGUACAAAUUCUAGGCCGUCGUCGCACCAUUACAGUUCUAGUUCUAGUUCAUAUGGCCGUUGUCAUCGUAGAUGUAGCACAAGUUACGACCCAAAGCAAUAUGCACCAUCCUCUUCUCCCAUAAAGCAGAAUGUAUAGCAGAAUGUCUCAGUGUCUCUUUAAUAAAUGUUAUUGAAUGUCA